AUGUCUUUCGGAUUCUCCCUGACCGACUUCAAGGAGGUGAUCAAGUUUUCCUGGCAACUUUACGAGUCGCUGAGGGACGGGCCCCAAGAUAUCAAAGACCUCGCCAGGGAUUUGACGACAAUUUACGGUGUACUCAAUCACAUUGAAGAUGACCUGGGAUCAAAGGAGUCAGCGGUGAGAGCCCAUGGCGAAGGGCGUAUGAAGAUGCUCCAGACAAUGACUCUUGGAUUGAAGGCAACACUGGAUGAGGUGCAAGGGCUAGUGGACAAAUUCCGACCGAUGGUGGCUGGAUCAAAGGGACCGGAGCAACUCUGGAUCAAAAUAAAGUGGUUGACGGGUCAAAAGAAGAUCGGGAGGAUCCACCGAGACAUUUCAUUUCACAUUUCAAGCUUCACACUCUUGAUGACAACAAUGGGAAAUUCUUCACUGCAACGAAUUGAGACCGGGUUGUCAGAAAUGCGCUUGAUAUCUACAGAAAAAGAUGAUGAUGCCAGCUCGUCGGCCUCAGAGGAGGAAGAACAUAUCGAAACCACAAGCACAACGGAACUCGAGUCACCUUCUGAUAAGACUCCAGACGCCGAAAUACCUGUUCUCAGAGCAUCAACUCCCAUACAACCAACAUCAAGUGGCCAUCCUAUUCAAGUUGAAGAUCUGUAUGGCGUGGGCUUUCCGCAGUGGUUAUCUCCAAAGGUUUCGAUGCCCUCUGCAGAAUUUAAAGCAAAAGUGCGAGAUUUUUCGCCCACUACGCACACCAGACUCAUAGAGACUGUCUUCUCAAACUGUCAGAUUGCAUGCUUUGACUUCUACCAGGCCAAUGGACUAUGGAGAACAAAGUAUGGCGCCGAGGAUACCCCGGGAGAACGGAAACUCUUUCAGAUGGACAAUGGCAAGUUUCCUAUUUCGCCAAAAGACCUGAGCUUGCAGCAUUGGCUAAUGAAGAUGGGUCAUGCUUGCGCGAGCAACCGUAUAAACAACUCAGACACGGUCCAGAGAGACAGUAUUUAUGAUUAUAUGACGUUGUAUCGUACUUUCCAGGGUGUUCCGAAGAUUCCUUCGUUAUGUGAUUUUGCUGGCAGGAUUGAUACAGACAGUUUCGAAGAAUGCCUGCUAUAUAGUCUGCGAUUAUGUCGACAUCUGCAGGCCUGGGAUGCGUUCGGACGACUGAAGGCUUUGUGGAAGGAUAUACAUACGACAUCUGCGAACUUGGAAGGAGAUGCCAGCCCGUAUUCAGAAUACAUCAAGUCACCGCCAGUCCAACUUCUCCCUUCCACUCGCCGGGAUGUAUUAUCGCCUCUACUGUCGGAUAUCAAAAGGACCACUGGGCAUAAACCUCUCGAGUCUGGCAGGAAACGAAGGAGAGGGGUUGCCUAUUUAGGAGGACUAGAAUAG